CUGCUGGCCUGGGCCGUGCACGCGGCGGGCAUGGGCAAGCGCGCCCUGCUGUGCGUGCUGACGGCGCUCAUGGUGCUGCAGCUCUGCUGGAUGCUCUGGUACGUGGGCCGCAGCGCCGCGCAGCGCAGCCUCAUCCGGCCCAAGGACACGCACGCCGGCGCGCGCUGGCUCCGCGGCAGCAUCACCCUGUUCGCCGUCAUCACCAUCGUCCUGGGGUGCCUUAAGAUCGGGUACUUCGUGGGAUUCUCCGAGUGCUUGUCAGUCACCGAAGGGGUGUUUCCUGUCACCCACGCAGUGCACACCUUCCUGCAGGUUUACUUUCUUUGGGGACACGCAAAGGAUAUCAUCCAGUCUUUCAAAACACUUGAGAGGUUUGGGGUGAUCCACUCGGUGUUCACCAACCUUCUUCUCUGGGCCAACAGCGUCCUGAAUGAGUCAAAGCAUCAGCUGAAUGAGCACAAGGAGCGGCUCAUCACGCUGGGCUUUGGAAACAUAACCAUAGUUCUAGAUGACCACACGCCGCGGUGCAACUGCACGCCGCCGGCCCUCUGCUCUGCCGUCUCCCACGGGAUCUACUACCUGUACCCCUUCAACAUCGAAUACCAGAUCCUGGCCUCCACCAUGUUCUACGUGCUGUGGAUGAACAUCGGCCGCCAGGUGGACGGCCAGCAGCACCCCAAGAUGCGGUUCAAGGUCAACGGGGUCAUGGCAGGCUUGGCCCUGGGCCUGGCUGCACUGGCCGCCACCAUCGGGGUGGUGGUGGUGUACCUGGUCUGGAUAGGACGUUCCCAGACCAAGAGCGAGUCCGCCCUGAUCAUGUUCUACCUGUACGCCACGACCGUGCUCCUGCUCAUGGGCGCCGCGGGCUUGCUGGGCAUCUGGAUCUACCGAAUCCACGAGCGGGCGCUGGACCAGUCCAAAAACCCCGCCCGCAAGCUGGACGCCGACCUGCUGGUGGGCGCGGCCUCGGGCUCCUGGCUCAUUUCCUGGGGCUCCAUCCUGGCCUUCCUGUGCGCGGAGACCUGCCCGCCGUACACCUGGUACAACCUGCCCUACUCCGUGCUGGUCAUCGUGGAGAAGUCCAUCCAGAACGUCUUCGUCACCGAGUCUGUCUACCGCGAGCCCCACAGGCGCUCAGACGACAUCCGCACGCUCCGCGUGGUCACCGUCUGCAACAGCAGCCCCUCCUGCCCCGGGGCGGCGCCCCACGGGGGGCAGCUUUGGAUCCCCCCCGCCUUUGGCUGCCGUCCGGAGUAUGACAACGGCUUAGAGGAGAUCGUCUUUGGCUUUGAACCCUGGAUCAUUGUGGUGAACCUGGCCAUGCCCUUCUCUAUUUUCUACCGUAUGCACGCAGCAGCCUCCCUCUUCGAGGUCUAUUGUCAGAGCUAG